GGACAGAAAGAUAAAUGCGGGAAGAAAGGCCAUAAUAAUUCUUCACGUUGUGAGUUAUAAGUCUUAUUAUUAUGCAACGAGUUAUAUAAUUUUGAACAAGGAAUAUCGUCAAAGAGGUAAAUUAAAACUGCUUUAACAUGCCGGCGAGUCAAAAAUUGGUUAACGAGUUUAUAUCUAUAACAGGUAGCGAUGAAACAACUGCAAAUCAUUUGCUCGAAGCCUUUUCUAACAACUUAGAGUUAGCAGUGUCGAAUUAUUUGGAUGAAAAUGCGUCAAAAAACAACUCUGAAAACGGUUCCGCAGCAUCCAAGAACAAUAAAGAUAAAGUAAGAGCACCAAUCCCACAAACCAGAGGUGUCCUUGUGGAAGAGUCUCAUACAUGGACCCCAGCACCCCGCAGAAGACAACAUUCAGUUUUUGACGGCUUCCGUAAUUUUAAAGCAGAAGCAGAUGAUACAACAGGUUCUACGGACAAGAACGUUAAAAGAUUGGAAGAUUUAUUUCGUCCACCGUUGGAUAUGAUGCAUCGUGGUUCCUUUGAAUCAGCAAGAGAAGAAGGCACAAAAUCAAAGAAAUGGCUUCUCGUAAACAUUCAAAACACAAAAGAAUUUGCAUGCCAAGUAUUAAACAGAGAUGUUUGGAGCAGUUCUUCCGUGAAGACGAUAAUAAAAGAAAACUUUGUGUUUUGGCAGGUCUACAGUGAUAGUUCUGAAGGCGAAAGGUUCAUGACGUUUUAUUCAAUAAAUGGUUGGCCUCAUGUCUCAAUACUUGACCCACGUACUGGGGGAAGGAUGGGCGUGCUAACCAAUAUAACAAAGGAUUCUGUGAUACAAGAAGUCCGAGCAUUCCUUGACGGUCACGGAACAUUAGACCCUGAGGAACCACCAACUAAAAGAACAAAGAGAGACAUCCUUGAUGCAAGUGAAGACUCUCAGCUUGCAGCUGCGAUUGCUGCUUCACUGAGAGAGAAUACGGCAAAGAAAGUCGUGGAUUCUGAAUCAGAAUUCGAAAUUUCAUCUGAAAGUGAAGAUGAGAAGAAGAAUUCGGAAGAAAAGGAUGGAAACAAGGAGCAAGAAGAUCAGAAAAUUAAAGAGGAUGUCAAAACUGAACAAAAACCGCGAAAACCUCUCGUAAAAAUUUUCCCAAAGAAAAAGAAACCAAAUGUUGAGAACUCGAACUCUGAAAAAACAAGUGAAAUGUUUUCUGCGCCAAGUAAACAGGUUGAACCAACAAGUUUAAAUUGCAAUGGGAAUUCACGUUCCACAAAUCCUGUUUCAAAUGGAGCUUCCAAAUGUAAACUUGUGCUGAGAUUUCCAAAUGGAAAGAGAGAUAUAAUCACCAUGUAUGCGUCAGAUACACUGAAGGAUUUGGCUCACUUCAUAUCAAGCAAAGACUUUGAUUUAAAAUUUUACGAAUUUUUAACAAAUUUUCCGCGAAAAAAACUUUCUUCGAUGGAUGAUUCUAUUACGCUUGAUGCUGCUGGACUUUGCCCACAAGAUACUAUUUUUAUACAAGAGAAGUUAUGAAUACCUGUCAUACUACUGGUUUUAACUGCCGCAGUACUUGCAUAUGAUGUUUAUUGUACUAUUGUGACGUGGACCUUUAAAAAUUCCUUUCUGAAAUCUGUGCUACACAAAUUGCAAUAUUUUUCUAAAUAAAUCUGUACAGAUGAUACCAAAAAGA